AUGGAAGGUAGGUCCAAGAACAAAAGUUGCUCCACUCUAUGUGCUGAUCAUGUAGGUAUAAGUUUUGACCGGCGGGUUGGAGAUUUUCCGAUCGUCGAAAUUGCUUUGGACACCCACGCACUGCCGGCGCGUGAAUUGGCGGAUCGUGAAUCGGAUCCCAUGAUAUUCCGAUUGAAUAACUUAAAGUUUGCUUUAAACGAUAACCAUCCGAUCACGAGUGAUCCGAUCGUUCGAUUUGGACCAAAUAUGCAGGACGUGUUUCCUAAACCUUGUGGAACCCAUAGAAACAUUCGGAUCGUAAAAUACAGGUUGUGGGCCCCGCGGGCCCGGUUGACCAUGAGUCUUCCGAAUAUCUUAAAGAAAUUCUUGGAUGUUAUAUUGACAAUUGGAGUUAUGGAAUGGGCGAGCUUGGGAUAUCGGAUUGAUGGAUUGGGAAAGUGA